AUUUGUUAAUUAAAUAAUUCAUUGGGUUAUUUAAUAAUUCUAAGAAUUAUUAGGUGUACAUUUCAAACAUCUUCAUUAUUCAUCAUAACCUAAAGUCCAGUUGUCUGAACUCAUUUAAUCUGAAUUCAUAGUCUGUUGCUAUUAUGACAUCCCUUCAACAAAAAAAUACAGGCUUGUACUAUUAUUUUAUGUAAUUCAGAUGUAUUUCUUUAACUAGAAUUCUGUUUAAUAUUCAUUAUUCAGUUUUUCAAACUAAACUAAAUGCCAUACUACAUUUAUCAAAAUGCCAGAGCAAUGACAUUAAUCUGAUAUAAUUUUAACCUCAUAUAACUUCAAUCUGAUAUAACAUCCUCAUUAUGUAGUGUGCAUGCCAAAGUCAUCUCUAAAUAUGUUACAAAUUAGCAGCAAGUGCAUACAUUUUUUUUUAUGUACGUAUAUAUUUGUUCACUUCAGUUUGCCAUGUUCCUUUAGUGAGACCACAAAUAUCAAAGGUUAAAACAUGACUCCUUUUUUACAUUUACAUUGUUUCUCAGAUCAGUUUCUUUUUUUCUGUUCAGUACAAUCAUCACUUUCAUCUAAGGAUGUGUUUCUGAUGCCAUUAUCUCUGUCAGAAUCGUGUUACAUUCAGUUAAAUUUAAUGCGUGCCUGAGUACAGACUUUUUGUAUCAUAUAACGUUUCACAUUUCAAAUAUUUACAGACUUCCUCCCUUACAAGACACUUGAAGCUGCAUGAGGCAACUAUUUUAAGUUUUGAUUGAGCAAUAUGCUGAUGACUGACCUAAGAUCUGUUAUGUUCUUGUGUGAUCUUGUCCAUUUCUUUUGAGCAAAAUGGUUGGCGAUAAAUGCCACAAAAGAAUUUUUGAUUUAGAAGCCCACGCACAACUCCUAGAUUUUCUAUUUCAAAAAUGUAAUAUAAAUAUUUUCUACAUGAUCUAUACCUAGUUGUGCUUACCCCAAGGUGACUUGACAUCGAGUCAUAUUCCAAACGUCAAUAGUUUUACCAUACAGAGUGAAUGUGUGAUCACAAAUACUGGAUGACAAUCUCCAUAGCGAGACGUUUCUUCUGGAUGUUGUUGAUGUUGAAAACUGAGGUGAAUAAUUUGCUUUCAUGUAAUCCUGAAAAACAAUCCAGUGGAGAAUAACUACAAAAGCCCCCCACCCACAUAAAUGUUCACAACUUUAAUUUGUACACUUCUCAAAGGUCAGGGGUAGAUAGCUUGGGGAAUGUUCCUGCAAUCGCCUACACCUUCUGGGUAUCCAUUAAGGGGUCAUACAUUCUAACAAAUAUCACAGAAUCUGAGUCACUUUACAUACUUUCAUUCAUUUUUCCUUUUAUUCAGAGAAGAUUUUAGAAGCAAAUAAAAAGAAUCCUCUUGGAAAUGAAUCUGCGAAAUAAUUAAGUCUUUGUCAUCUUCCUCUUACUUUUUGCCAUCAAUUAAAAAAAAAAAUAGAACCUUAAUAUAAUUCGGUUGUUUUUAAGGAAUAAUAGUUACAUUAAUUGUUUUUUUUGUUUUUGUUUUUUGUGCGAGGGGAAAUAUUGCAGAUGUUCAUGUAAGGCCUGGUUAAAGACCAAGCAAAAUGUCUGAGAGCUCGGCAGUGGGUGGCACUAUCUCAUCAGCUAGUGCUCACCUUUCAUCUUCGCGUUUUGUUUUCAACAGAGCUGGUACUAACAUGCAAUCUACCUGAGAGAGGACAUGCGAUAAAAGAGACAUCUUCUUUGACUAUUGCAAGUUUAUGCUGUAAAAAAAUACAAAUGGAUAAACCAUUUUAUAUGUAACUUUUGGCCUGUUCUUAAUCUCAGACCUCAUUGUUGUUAGUCAUUUUUUCACAGAAACCAUGUUUAAAUGGAGAAAUUAUAACCUUUGAAACCAUAAAAUGGGGUGCUAUGUACACAUUUAUCCACCCCCUGCAUUUGUCAACUGCUCCCUUGUAUAAAAAAGCUUGAAGUGUCAUACAGAAAUAUGAUGAUAGUGUUGAUUAUAUUUGCGAUAUUGUAAACACGUAGCAGAUUCACUGUAGGAGUGAUUCAAAACACGAUUGAUUUUCACUGAUCUCCCGUCCCAGUUAACACUGCAUUUUUCCAUUUAGCUAAUGGAGAGCACUUGAAGCGGAAACUAACUGUUGUAGUGAGAGUCUUUCCUGUGUCUCUCUUGUCUUCUUGGAAAUACAAUUGCCAUGACACAGAGAGAGAUGUUGAGGUUCUUGUCAAGAUCAUCCCUUAAUCCCUGCAGUGACACUGGAAAUAAUUUAUGAGAACAAUUCGAAUACCUAACUCGGAUGUUGGUAGAAUGUGGUUCUCCUUUAAUUUCGAGCUUUAUCAUUCCCAGUGAAUAAAUAAAGAUCAUCGUCUUCAUGUAACAAUCAUAUAACAAGUCGGUUACUUCUCUAGGGUAAUCAGUAAUGAAAAACAGAAAGAAAUGUGAAUCAUUAUUGAACAUCAAAAAUCCCGAGACAUUUAAAUCAGUGCAGUAAAUGAUGCCGGAAAUAAACAACACUUAGCCAAUAGAGUGCUGACGAGUGGAAUUUGAUGUCAUUGUGGCAUCAUACAGCCAUGUAGGCCUUCGAAAUGGAAGACGUUUGCGGGCAUUUUCUUUUACUUACUUUGAUAUCAUCUGGGAAACUGCCCUCUUUUGGAAAUUUGACUUGUGAGUUCUGUAAAUAGAGUAACCGAUAAAAUGAGUCAUAUAAAUAUUGAUAUAGCUGGAAAAACAUAAUCUGUGUCUGAAUCAACAGUGAGAUGCUCACAAACAGGUUGCAUGUCCCUAAAGCGCCCAGCAAAACCUAAACAUGCACAGUGCAUAAAGACUUUUGCUGAUGCCUCUGCUAACACCCACACCCAAUGGGAGCACAUGUAUAUGUGGUGACCUUGUUUGUGUGAUUGAUUACAGAUAUUUCUUAUGACUUCCAGUCAACAUUGAGGGAAAAUACCAAAUGGGUGGUCUCUAAAGUACUUGUGGUCUAUAUGUGCUGUUAAAGGGAUAGUUCACCCAAAAAUUGUCAAAAAGAUUGUCAUCGUUCACACAACUUCAUGUCAUUCCAAACCUGUAUGUCACAUUUUAUUCUGCAGAAUACAAAUGGAGAAGACCUGGUCAGUGGUCAGUGGUUUUCAAGCAAUGACAAUGGUGAUGAAGACUGAAAAAGCAUGCAAAAUCACUUUUUAGGUCUUCUGAAGCCAUUUGAUGGCUUUAUGUGAGGAAAUUGAAGUUAGUAUUCACUAAUAAUAUCCUCCAGUAAAGGGUUAACAGCUUUGACCGGAUCAUUCAAAGAGUUGAAUUUGAGAAACGUGAAUUCAAUGAAUGGAUGAGACAUUUCACUAAAAGAUCUGAUACAACAAAUUAGGUUAAACUGAGUUCUUUCACAAACCAGACAUUGCUGCAUCUUGUAACGAAUGUGCCGAGAUAGGACCAAUUUUUCAAUAAUGACUUUUAGGUCUCACACAAUCCUCAAGGGGAAAAAAAGGGGGGGAACUAUCCGCAGGACAAAUAUAUUACACAAGCAGACUACUUUGUUAUAUGAUUAUUGCAUCCUUUUGAGACUCAAUAUCUCCAUUCAUUGUCAGUAAAUAGAAUAGACAUUCUUCAAAAUUUCUCCUUUUGAGUUCCAUGCAGGUUUGGAAUAACAUCAUUAGAGUAAGUGAUGACAGAAUUUUCAUUUGUGGGUGAACUAUCCCUUUAAGAUUUGUUUUCAUAUUCACUUCGUCAGGACCUUAAAAAAGAUGAAAGAUGAUUAAACUUCCUUGUCCAUAAACUUCUUUCCCAAAUAUAAAACGUCCUUGUCCAUAAACACGGCACCAUUUCAGAACGUACUGGCCUCCAUUCACCAACCAGAGCUCCUUAUUUUCAUAGAGUUGUUUCAUUGACUCUCCAGACAAGUAAUCUGAUGCACGACGAUUAAAUUAAUGAAUGAAAUUACAAACAGUGCUAAUAAAAUGAAACAAGAUGUUGGCCUAGAUUACAACAAGAAAUCAAUGAAAUACAUGCAAGCAACCUUUACAUAGUGAAAGCUACGCGUUUACUGUCACCAUGAUCACAUCCACCCUCAUCUCACCCACAGGUGAUGUUGAGUUAAUAGCGCACUGUUGAAUGCGUGGGAGACUGGUAUCUCAUUACAGUCGUCAACUUCAUCCGGUACUACAAGAGGCAUCUAGCGUGAAACUGCAGUUAUUUCAGCAUCUUGAGGAGCAGGCAUGGAUACAGCACGCGCAGCUAGAGCGCAUAUUAUCUGGACAUCGAUAGCUUUGGUCCUCAUUUUAAUCGCAUCAUGCUUGACAUAUGUCUUCAUGUCGAAGGUGUCUGGAUGCCAAAGAAUUAACAUCGUGAAUGUCUCCACAAUAGAAAGUAUGUUCAGACAUCAAGUCUCUCGAGAAAAAUGGCUUCUAAAAGCUUGCAAUCACACAAAUGAUCGUUUGGUUUGGGAUGAGGAGUGGGAGGACCACAAGAGUCCGGGCAAGAGCAUUCUGGACCAAAACAAAACGUGGCUAGUCGUACAAGAGAAUGGGGUUUACCUGGUCUACAUACAGGCGAACUUUGAGCUAAAGCCACAGAAGGAUACUGUAAAACUCAAUCUUCUAGUGGAUCUCAAUUAUGGUGAGAAAACGGAGAUUUUUACAGCUGCACAUGACACUCAGGUGGUGAAUGGCAACAAGCCUGUAGAUGCAAAGCUCAACACUUUCCUUCUGAUGUACAUGCAAUCAACAAACCAGUUAUCAGUCAGAGUAUAUCCAAGCAAUUUGGUGAACUAUAAUCCACGACCCUUCUCCACCUUCAUCACCAUCAUUAAAUGGGCAGACUGGUAGACUGUGGAGCAUGGGCAAUAAAUACUGCAUAAAUGAUCGGUUAUAUCCGCGGACCAUGUCCAGUUUUUACAAUGGCAGCUUAAAUUCUUGUUAGCUUUAAUUGUGACAUUCCGAUAUGACGCAGUCUCAAGAUCAGCUGCUAGAACACCUGAGAUUUUCCAGCUGUCAUACUAGGAAAUGCUCUUGACAUUAACAAGGAUUGCGUGGGGGUUAUGAUACUUUCUUGGUGUUUUUUGUUCUUCCUUUCGAAAUAUGAAGAUCACAUCUCAUGAUCUUCUCAGAAGCAUGACACAUUUUCCUCUCAACCGAUAUACGAGUUAAGUUUGUUGUGUUUCAGUUUUUGUAUGAGUCAAGAUGAAAAAGGGCAUGAUAUAUGGUUUGUGAGCACUGACUUUGAAGAUUCUCAUGUAUUACGUAGGCUACAUAAAAGAUGUCAUAGCUACCUGCAAACAUUGUUUUACCAAACAGAAAUAGUAAGCUAAUUUUGAGCAAGUGGGUAUUUUUCAAUGAAAUGUAUGUUCGUGUAUAAAUAUAAUCAUGUAGUAUUUUAAUCAUCGACAGCUGAAUGUAAAAAACCUCAUAACAGCAACAUAUCAGUGUUUGAUAUAAAUGCUCAGCGUGUCAUACAAAAGCUAUGAAGCAACACUUUAUUGUGUAAAUAUGGGUUUUUUUUUUUAAGACAAGCAAUCAACAUUUUGUAUUUUAUCAACGUAGUAUUUUAUGAGCCAAACUUCUUGAUAGGAUGUGGUGCCAGUUUUUGCUGUAAGCACAUUCAUCCAGCCAUAGAAGCACUUAUUUGUUCAUGAAUGUCAUGGAAUUGUUUUCUGAUGGGGGGGGCAGUGGGGAUAUUUUUUCCACAUAAAUUACCACACUAAUCCAAUUAGUCAAGCAAGCCAUAUAAAACUGAACCACAGGAGCUGUUUAAAUGAGACAGCGGAAUGUUUUUUUCUUGUUGUUGUUGUUUGUUUUUCCUCAGCAAGUGGAGCAAACCAAAUUUUUUUUUUUCAGUCAGGAAAAUACCAUUUAUGAUGACGCAUACAUUUUUGUAUUUAAAUGACCCAAGCCAGCUAUUGUUUUUCUUAAAGUUUUCUUUGUACUCUUGAGUUAUGUAUUCUUUCACAGAUAAGCCCUUAUACUUGUGUUUAUACUAAAGGUAAUUGUUCACGCUGAGUGAUUUCAAUUGACUACGUUUUACUGUUCUCAAAUAUAUAAGCAAUAUUAUAUUUAUAUGCAAUUUGUAAUAUUUUUAUUUAAACUUAAUUAUAAAUAAAGUCAUAUGCUGUA